AUGUCAGACGUUUAUUUGUAUAUUUACGAUCUCUCUGGUGGAUUAGCCAGGAUUCUCAGUCCCCAGCUUCUCGGGAAGCAAAUAGAGGGUAUAUGGCACACUGCAGCCGUUCUUUAUAACAAGGAGUUUUUCUUUUGCCAAUCGGGAAUUCAAUAUUGUGAGCCAUGCACGACUACUUUGGGUAGUCCACUGGAGAAAAGAUUUAUGGGAAGGACUCAUCUGACAGAAUCAGAAAUUUUCAGAUAUUUGGAACAGUUGUCUGGUACACUGUUCAAACCUGGGGAUUAUAACCUGUUUGAACACAAUUGUAACACAUUCAGCAAUCACUUUAUAAAUCAUUUAACUUCAACAAAUAUUCCAUCUUAUAUACUAAAUUUACCUAGAGAAGUUAUGUCCACCCCAUUUGGAGCAUCUAUAGGCUCAGCUAUGAAUAGCCUGUCAGUUGGAAUCAAUUCAAAAUCAUCAAUACAAAGUAUUCAACAGUCUGCAAACACUAAAAAUCGCCACUCUUAUAAUUAUAUUCGUAAGCAUUUUCGACCAAUAUUUUUUGAUGAACCUGUUUCAUCAGAACUUCUUCCACAUCGUCUUUACUUAUUAUGGCCAGCUGAUGACAAUUCAGUUUUAGCUACUUUGGCUGCGAAAUUAUCUGAAGCACUUCUGCAAGAGAAGUCAGAAAUACAAUGUGCUCAAGAAUGUUCAAUCCUACUUGCAUUAGAUCAGUUAACUACAGGAGAUCAAUGUCGAGCAUCUUGUGAACUAUUUCGUUUAGCAGUAUGGAAAGAUCCAAACAUAUUAAUGAAUUUGCUAACUGAUCCAAGAAGAUAUUUGCACAAAUUGAGUCAAGUUCAAAUUCCGUUCGUGAAAACUAAUGAAUUUUAUGAUAUUGAAGCAUCACUUGCUAAACUGCUGUGUAAUUGUCUUGGUCUGUCAGCCGACUGGGCUAUCAUGAAAGACGAUGAUAUGAAAUUGGAUAUUAAUAGUAUCAUAGAAAUCAGUUUAACUCUGCUGAAUGAUGAUAUCGGAGGCUGUUUAACCGAUGGAUCAUCAUCACGUAGAUCAUCAAUAGCAUCAAUAGCAUCGUCGGUGAAUAAUUGCUGUACACGGAAUUUAUUAUCAGAGCAUAAAUUAGUUGGUUUAGCUCUAGCUCAUAAUAUUUCACUAUAUCCAUCGCUUACCGAAAAUGAUGCAUUAACAUUGGGAAGCUUUUUGCUACAUUUGGCUAGUACAGGGAAGAAAUCGUAUAAAUAUCCAAUGGAAGGUAUUUAUUUAACUCGUACAAUCUAUUUUUUGACUGUAAGAUUUUCAUCGUUAUCUGAUUUAGCUAAAUGCUGUGAUAUUCAUAACUUUCUUCAAGAGAUAAUGGAUGAAAGUAAUCGAGUGAAUAGUUCAACAACAAGUACAAGCACAACCACAACAGCAAGCACAACAAAAACACCAACUACAUCAAUGUCAUCAUCGCCAUCACCGUCAUCGCAUAAUCAGAUUAUAUCAUCAUCAACAGAGAAAAUCCAACCUGGUGUUGAAGUUGAUUCAUUAACAAGUGCUGACUAUUUAAUUGCAUCACAACUUUUAGACUUUUUAUCAAAUAAUUAUAAAUCAGAUGAUAGUUAA